AUGACGGAACUGUCGCUUCCAGACGGCGAGUACGGCAGCCCAGUCCUUAAACACCUCAAAGCUUCCCACUACUUCAGCUUACCUCAUCAUCACUUUAAGGUCCAGGUAGCGCGAGACGCACCUACUCCCACGUUGGCCCACUCUCCUCCCCAAGGAAGCCGUACAAAGCUCUUGCCUGUCUCGAGCGAAGACAGUGCCGACGAAAAGGACAAGUCGACCUUAGCCGACGCCAGCACUACUAGCGCUAUCGUCGACCAGUUGUUCGCCGAGUAUAGAGCUGCAGCCCAGGCCCGAGAAGAGCAGCGCGCGGCAGAGGCUGCUAAGAUAGCUCCUGCUCCUGAGCGACAAACCAAUCCGUAUCUUAAGCACACUAAGUUCCAACAGUGUGUAGAGGGUCUAUCCUGGGAGGAGGCUCGACAGUACACACGGCCCGACGGCGACGCGAAAGCUCAAUAUCUAUCUCAAACAGUAGCGAGCAUGGGACUCGUGUAUCAAUGUGUCGUUGCUUCUACCUCACGUUGGGCGCGGAUCCAGGUCAUGCAAGAGAACACGCAGGAUGUACCUACCUCGCCUCUUAUCCAUUACCAGGCCUUUAACUUGCACCACACCUAUAUAAUCGCAAAAGUGUUUCUAUUUUUCUACCACGUUUUCAUUCGGGGACGUACUACCCCGUCUACGCUUCCCGUGUUUAGUCCGACGCAGCAGAAGGCGUGGGAUGCGAUUCAAGAACAUCUACAGUCUCUACCCUUACCACUACCAUCUAUCUCGCUUACGCAUCGUCGGACUACGCUCGAACCAUUUGAGCGAUUGUGUCACACGUUUUGGUUAUCGUUACUUAAGCAGACUGCCGUAAUAGGAGACUUUGAACUAGUGCUUAUUACCCCGCUCGCCUUUCUUGCUGUUAAUAGUAAGAUCAACGGGUUCCGCCCCGCGUACCUAUUCGCUACCGAUCUAAGCGCGAUUAAGAAAUUUGCACGCUUCGCAGCGUGCCAGAAGCUGUGGGACACCACGCCGAACGCAAAGGUAGAGGCGAAUGCCAAGCCGCUAGGGGAGGAGGAGAAAGAGGAGUCCGUGGAAGGUGAGCCUGACGUGAAUGAGGCAGAGGUCGCGCGUCUUAUUUACGAGCAGGAUGAGUACGAAAAGCAGAGCAAAGAUCUAUCUAGCGAAGAUAACGCUCGGUCUUACAAUGAAGCGUUUCGCGAAUGGAUCUAUCAUUAUCUUGGGACUACGUACCACACACCUAUGGCGUGGGUAAUUAGUUCCGCGCAGUAUAUUAGUCGAAUCCGCUAUGGCGAGACGGUGGAUGCUUUUGUUCGCUGGAGCGGAUCUACUGUUACCGUGAAGGAGGUAUCAACUACCUUUGAACACUUCCGGAAUGCUGUAUGGUCCUUACAACGGAAGGUAGAAGAUCUUCUACAACAACUUACGUUUACGGAAACGCUAGCUAGUCUUCCUCGAGUACGUUGGCAGGAGUUAGACUGUGAUCCUAGUCGACAGGACCCGGGCUAUUCCCUAUUUAGUACGCUGGAAGAACGCAUCGACGUGCAGAAAAACUUUGUACUACACUAG